AUGCUCGCGCGUCUUCGCCGCCAUGUGGAGAACGAGGUGCCGGAAGCGAUUUCGUUUUUGGGAGGUGCGUACCGCGAAGGUCGGUUGGGCCUCGUGAAAUCCGAAAAGAAAGCCGCAAAAAUUUGGAAGCGCGCCGUGGAGCUCGGAGAUGUGGACGCGAUGGUAUUUAUUGGGGAAAUGCACGAGGAGGGGUCCGGCGUCAAGCUGGACAAGAAGAAGGCGAUGAAGCUGUAUCGCGCGGCCGCAGACCGGGGCUCCGCGGUGGCGCAAACCAAUUUAGCUAUUUUACUUUGCCACGAGAAGAAAUUUGAAGAAGCGUUCCGGUACUUCGCGCUCGCGGCGGAUCGAGGCUAUACCCCCGGAGAGAUCAACCUUGGCAUUUGUUACAGGAACGGACAAGGCACCGAAGUCGACCUCGGCAAAGCCAGAUACUGGUUCGAGCGCGGCGCUGCCAAGGGCCACGAGAAAGCUAUAGAGAUCCUCGCGCGCCCCGACUGGACUAUACCUAGAUUGUACGUGACUGGAAGUGGCGUCAAGCUGGACAAGAAGAAGGCUAUGCAGCUGUUUCGCACGGCCGCAGACUUGGGCUCCGCGGUCGCGCAAACCAAUUUAGGGGUUUUACUUUACUCUGAGAAGAGAUUUGAAGAGGCGUUCCGGUACUACGCGCUCGCGGCGAAUCAAGGCUUUACCCCUAGCGAGAACAACCUUGGCAUUUGUUACAUGGACGGAGCAGGCACGGAAGUCGACCUCGGCAAAGCCAGGUACUGGCUCGAGCGCGCGGCCGCCAAGGGCGAGGAGCAGUCGAUCGAAGCGCUCGCUUCGGACAAAUUUCGAGCCACGUAA